AUGUGCGACUCCUUCAGUGACCCGAACUGCCUCCCAAGCCUCUACUACCAAGAGGGUGCAGAGCUCCUCGACUUUUCGUCUGCAGUGGGCUUCAGCUUUGAAGCCUGGGGCGUUCCUGAGAAGCGAGGCCGCGAAAAUACUCUUUCAGAAUCGUCCUCAAAGCCGACAAAGACACGAGUGCGCCUCCCAGAAUCCUCCGCAAUGGACAUGAACAUCACAAAACGAGAUCCUGAGUUCGACAUGUGGUGCAUCGAUGACCUUCGAAAUCCCAGAGAAUCUGGUGCCAGCACGCAGACAAUCUGGAAGAGCUGGGAAGAGGCGCAGAAACACGCCUGGACCGUGGUGGAAUAUGCACCGCAGCCCUCUGGUACUGAUAUCCCAGAGGACGAAGACUCCAAGCGUGCGAUUGUGGCUGCCAUCAAGUCAGCUAUGUGGAGUACCGCAUACGCGCUUGAUGGGAAGGAUACUAUCAACUGCCACUAUAAGAAUCGACGUGAUCUGGUUUUCGAGUAUCACGCGUGGAAACUCUUAGAUCUUCUCAUCAAGCGCCACAGGUUUGGGCAGCUGGAGUUCUUUGAGCCAGUUCAGCCAAAGACUAGCAAAGUCACCAGCCGUUCACCAACGUUCAAUGAACGACUGCAUGAUGUUCUCCACACCUUAACGGCACACAAGAGCAUCGUCAAGCGCAUCAUCGCGCGUCCUGCUAGCCGAGUGUUCAUAGACGAUCCCAUGAGCGAGGGCGCUAGGGUUUUGGCAAACCGAAAGCUUAAUGAGAAAAGGGGAAUUCAGAUUGCGCAGGCCAAGAAAGCUAGGUAUUCGGUUUGA